AUGGAGUCUCAAACUACUUUCUUCUCUAAUAACCAGAGUCAAGAGUUUUCCCCGGAGAACUCUUCUUCAACAAGUUCAUGGAGCUCACAGGAAUCAUUCUUGUGGGAAGAGAGUUUCUUACAUCAAACAUUUGAUCAAUCUUUCCUCUCAUUUAGCCCUUCUUACUACUCUGACGACUUCUUGGCAUAUGGAUCAUCAUUCAUCAAAGAAGAACAAGAAGAAACCACCGUAGCGGCCGAGGAGGAUGAGGAGAGGUCAUACAGAGGAGUGAGGAAACGGCCGUGGGGGAAAUACGCAGCCGAGAUAAGAGACUCAACGAGGAAAGGGAUAAGAGUGUGGCUCGGGACGUUCGACACCGCGGAAGAGGCGGCUCUCGCUUAUGAUCAGGCGGCUUUCGCUUUGAAAGGCGACCUCGCGGUACUCAAUUUCCCGGCGGAGGACGUCAAGGAGUCUCUCCGGAAGAUGGAGAAUGUGAACCUCAACGAUGGAGAGUCUCCUGUCAUAGCCUUGAAGAGAAAGCACUCAAUGAGAAACCGGCCUAGAGGAAAGAAGAAGUCUUCUUCUUUGUCGUCAAACAGUAGAAAACAGAGUGUUGCUAUAAAACAAGAAAGUAGUCCAACGGUUGUGGUUUUUGAGGAUUUGGGUCCUGAAUACUUAGAAGAGCUUAUGAGGUCAUGUUCAUGA